CGUUUUGUUUUGCUUCCACUUUGUGCGUGAAAGUUUGUGUUGAUGUUUCGAAUCGUUUGAGUCGCUUCCGUGCGAUUAUAAGAUUUUGUGCCAAAAUUCGAACAGAUUCGAUUGUAAUAUUGACUAUCACACCGUGCUGAAGCUCAACAUGUUGGAAAUCAUCCAUAACAAUCGUUCGAUAUGGCUGUCUGAAGCCGACAUAAGCGAGGAAAAAUUGCACCAAAUCUUGGGGAGGAAAACCGGUCUAAAUCCCUCGGAAUACUAUCUCACACACAAUGGCAAACGAUUCGAUCCGGAGCAAAUCCAUUCCUGGGGACCGGUUCCGAUUCGGCUGGUGGAACGCCUCCCGGGAGGCAAGGGAGGAUUCGGUUCCAUGCUGCGAGCGAUCGGGGCACAGAUUGAGAAGACCACCAAUCGGGAAGCGUGUCGGGAUCUGAGUGGCCGCCGCCUUCGGGACAUCAACGAGGAAAAGCGCCUCAAGGCGUACCUGGACAAGCAGAAGGAAGCACCGGAAGACGAGCGCGCGAAAUUACAGAAGAAAAUCGACAAACUGUUGGCCAAGCCAAAGCACGAGUUCCACGACGAAGCGUACAACCGCAGCCGGACCGAUUUGACGCAAAAUGUCGGGGAAGCGGUGCAGGAGGGCUUCCGGAAGGCUGUUGAGGUGGAAAAGGCUGGGGAAGCGGCUCUGAAGCGGAAAGCAGUGGACGAUGGCAAGAAGGGCAAGCUGGCCAAGAAGAAAGCCAAGGGAGCGUUGUGGCUGGGAAGCGACGAUUUGGGGUCUUCCUCGGAUGACAGCAGUAGCGAUUCGGAUUCGGAAGCCGAUUCGGCGUGUUCAUCAGGUGGAGGAAAGUCCAGUGAAGAGGGAGCAGUAGCGUCGUCUUCGGCGUCAUCAUCAUCGUCAUCGACUAAGCAAAUGGUUACUUCCGAGGACGAGAAAAGUAAUCCGGAAAAGGAAAAGGCGAUAGCUGUAGAAUAAAGUAAUUUAAGAAAAUGA